GAAAUAUUUGCUGUGUCUCAGGGGAUUGUAGGAAUACGAGGAGUUUUCAGCAACAAAUUUUUAGCGAUGUCAAAAAAAGGAAAACUCCAUGCAAGUGCCAAGUUCACGGAGGACUGCAAGUUCCGGGAGCGCUUUCAGGAGAACAGCUACAACACGUACGCCUCGGCGGCGCACCGCGGCGCGCGCUCGGGCCGCGAGUGGUACGUGGCCCUCAACAAGCGGGGCAAGGCCAAGCGCGGCUGCAGCCCCCGCGCGAAGCCCCAGCACGUCUCGACCCACUUCCUGCCGCGCUUCCGCCGCGCCGAGCAGCCCGAGCUCGCCUUCACCGUCACCGUUCCCGAGAGGAAGAAGCGGCCGCCGCCGCUGCCGCCAGCAAAAGCCCCGGCGCCGCGCAAGCACUCGGCGCCCGUCAAAUACCGCCUCAAGUUCCGCUUCGGGUAG